AUGACGAAACGGCUCACGUUUGUUUGGUUCCCCUUUGUUUGGCUCACCCUCUGUGUUGUCUUCCAGAGCAACUCUGGUGAAGUAAGCGCGGGAGGUAAAAACAAAAUUUCGCACAAAAGUGAACAACAUGAGGCGGUUCACCAACGUGAGGACAGAAAGAUACACAAAUACAACUUCGACUCUUUGAGAAAAAAGCUGCACAUAGAAAGGAAGGAGCAAGGGACGCAGGAAGGCAGAGCCGAGUCAAGUGAUCAAAAUGAGGAUCGUCAAAUUGACGCAGAGACAGAAGUUUCCACGGCGAAAACGAAUGGGGAGAAGGAAAAGCUUUCCCCAGAGGACGAAUACGCAAAGUGCAUCGGUAUGAUCGAAAAGGAGUUUAAAGGCGAGGCGGAUGCAAAAAUUAGGGAGCAAUUGGAAAACCUGUGUUCAAAGAAGCGGGAACAGGAUGAGGCGGACAAAGCGGCAGUGGAGGAAGUCAAGGCAAACGAAGCAAAAUCGAAGCUAGACGAGACGGCGCAACUCAACACGCCCCCUCAUCGCAGCGGCGCGGACGACAGCAAGAGGUACAUAAUUUCCCAGCUGGGGCUCUCCACCAAACUGGACGUGCCACUCGACGUCUUGAAAGAAUCCCUGUCGGAGGUGAAAAACUGCGUAAGGGAUUACACAGAGAAGUGCCCACUAAACUGGAAAGUAAGCGAGAUGAAUGAAAUCCUUUGCGUUGCCCCAGAGUCCUACAUCGGUACAUGUGGACAACAAAUAAAGAGCGAUCUAAACACGGAGGAGAAAAUGCAAAUGGAAAAGAAGUGUUCCCUGUUUUGGAAGUGCGAUUAUAAGUGUAUCCAAGACUUUGAAAAUUCCGUGUGUCCAAUCGAUUGGGUUAUGGAGAAGGAAGAACAGGAUGGUUACUGCAGAGCCGCACACUCCUACACGGGAAAAUGCCUACGAAGAAUAAAAUUUAGUACUAUGACCACUAAGGAGAAGGCUAUUUACUCUAACUUGUGCGAUAUCAGAUGGCCAUGUAAGAAAAAAUGCACUCAUGAUUACUCCGUUUUGUGUCCAAGUGGAUGGAUCGAAGGGGCAGAUGGUUACUGCCUCGCCACAAGUAGCUACUCCGGAAACUGUGAGAAAAAAAUUUACCUAAAGCACCUUGAUGAAGUGAUGAAACAGACAUACGAACAUAAGUGCCAAUUCAAUUACCCAUGUGUUUACUCGUGUGAAAAGAAUUACACUGAUUUGUGUCCCAAUUUGUGGAUCCCCGUUAACGACAAGGAAUGCACCCCCUCUGAAAAUUACAACGGUAGGUGCAGACAUAACUAUAUUUUCAAAGGCAACAUUAUGGAGGAGGAAAAAAAAAACUUCGAAAAAAUGUGCCAUGUGUUCUACCCCUGUGUUAAGGACUGUAAAAGAGAUUACUCCUUUAACUGCCCCAUUGGAUGGAAAGAGACACUAAGCUUUUGCCUCGCCCCCACGUCGUACCGAUACACUUGCGAAAAGAUGAUGCGGAAAAAUAUGAGCGAGAGGGAAAAAAUCCAAGUUAGUGCCAAGUGCCUCGUCUUUUGGCCCUGCUCCAACUACGAAGUUGUGCUGAAGAACCUCCUGCACAGCAACAUCUCGCCGGCGGACUACUUGUCCGUGAUCCAUGGGCCCGUCGACGACGUCACGGGGGUGGUGAAGCGCGUGACCGCCUCGAGAAGAAGUGUGCCAAGCGAAUUGCAAGAGAAGAAGCCCUUCUGGACCCCCCCCUCUACCGCUUCCCCCCUCACCAUGAACAUCGCCAUCGACGAGUACGGGCAGCCGUUCGUGAUUCUGAAGGAGGAGGAGAAGAAGAGGAUAAAAGGAAUCGAGGCGCACAAGAGCAACAUCCUCGCAGCAAAGGUGGUGGCAGAUAUUUUGAAAAGCUCCAUCGGGCCAAGGGGCAUGGAUAAAAUCAUCGUCAGCGAAGACAACAACGUGACGGUGACAAAUGACGGAGCGACAAUACUCGAAAAGAUUGACGUCCAGCAUGAGUGCGCAAAAUUGUUAGUCGAAUUGUCCAAAAGUCAGGACAACGAAAUUGGCGAUGGGACCACCGGUGUUGUUAUCAUCGCGGGGGUCCUCCUAGAAGAAGCAUACACUCUCAUAGAUAAAGGAAUCCACCCACUACGUAUCGCCGAUGGGUUCGAAAAUGCAUGCAGCAUAGCAUUGAAGGCGAUUGAAGAGAUUGCAAUAACAGUAGACAUCCAGAAGAACAAAAAUGAGAUGUUAAAAAAACUGGCCAGCACUUCCCUAAGCUCUAAAAUUGUGUCCAGUAAAAAGGAGCUUCUAUCAAACAUCGUCGUGGACGCUGUUCUCUCCGUUGCAGAUAUGGAAAGGAAAGACGUCCGAUUUGACCUCAUCAAAAUUGAAGGAAAAACAGGAGGCCUCUUAGAAGAGUCUACCCUAAUCAAAGGAAUUGUCUUAAAUAAAGAGCUUUCCCAUUCACAGAUGGUCAAAGAAGUGAGAAAUGCAAAGAUUGCUAUCCUAACGUGUCCAUUCGAACCACCUAAGCCAAAAAUAAAACAUAAGGUAAAUAUAACAAAUGUGGAUGCAUUUCGCGAUCUGCAGAAUAUUGAGAAGAAGUACUUUUACGAUAUGAUCGAUUCGUUGAAGAAGGCAGGAGCUAAUUUCGUUAUCUGUCAGUGGGGUUUUGAUGAUGAAGCGAAUUAUCUUCUCUUGAAAGAAAACAUCCCAGCCAUCCGAUGGGUAGGAGGGGUCGAAAUGGAACUAAUAGCCAUCGCUACAGGAGGAAAAAUCAUCCCCAGAUUUGAAGACAUACAUGAAUCGAAAUUAGGAAAAGCAGAAUUGAUAAGAGAAAUUAGUCAUGGGACUGUAAACGAUCCGAUGGUUUUUAUCGAAGGCUGCUCAAAUACGAAAGCGAUUACCAUCCUGUUAAGAGGGGGAAACCAAAUGAUGAUUGAAGAAUGCGAAAGAAGUGUACAUGAUGCCUUGUGUUCUGUCCGUAAUCUGAUAAGGGAUAAUCGAAUUCUCCCUGGGGGAGGCGCAAGCGAAAUUUACGCUGCUCUUGCUAUUGAAAAUGUGGCUGACAAAUGUAAAGGAAUAGAACAAUAUGCCAUCCGAGCCUUUGGAAAUGCUCUCCUCUCUAUUCCAAUCAACCUAUGCAAUAACAUGGGACUCAGCAGCAUCGAUAUCAUCUCCGAAAUUAAGACCAAGAUCAUUCAGGAGAAGAAGAAAAACCUCGGCAUCGACAGCCUCAACUAUAAGGUGGACGACAUGAUCGAGGAGGGCAUUUUCGAAACGUUCAAUUCCAAGUACAACCAGUUCUCCCUCGCCACGCAGGUGGUCAAGAUGAUACUCAAAAUUGACGACGUCAUCGCGCCGAAUGACUUCAACUAG